UUUCACCAUCGACACCGACUAAACUCACAACAGGCCACGGAGCUUUCCAACACGCCUGGAACCAUUUCGAAAUGCAUAUGCGCCUCACACAUUCUUUUGCGCAAGCUCGGUCGCCAGGAUGAAUCGAGGCAACAUUCCUGGCUUCUACUUCGAUGAAGAGAAGAAAAAGUAUUUCAAGAUCACCGCCGACCAUGCGGCACCCGUCGACGCCAAACACUCAAGGGCCAAUGUGAAACGCGAGAAGCAUGAAAAGCGCGCUCUCAAGAAACAGAGAUUCGAGGAGCGAGUGAUUCGCAAGCAGACCGUCAACCAGGCCAAGUCACUGACGAGUGGGCUGUUCAAGACGACACUGCAACGUGAACUUGGCCAUCGGACCACUGGCUAUCUCAGUGGUGUGCGUGAUGAAGCUCUGAUCAAUGGACUGGAGCACACGCCACUCAAUCCCCGGAUCAAAGGCUUCAACUCGUAUCCUGUCGUUCGAGAUGCUCUAUACGCCGCCGAUCAGUCAGAUAUGCUCUUUGCGACUACACAAAACUCGGCUGCAACUUGCGUGUACUCGUACCAUUGGCAAGACAAUGUAAACGACCCCCAAGACUUGGCUGCAAAAUAUCCGUUGGCAGCCUUGUCCGGUAGGUUCGUGACCUUGCAGCGUUUCGAUUCUACUCUGCUCUUCGUCAGCAAUACCGACCACGCCAUUCACUAUUACCUUGGCCCCUCUCGUACAUCGGAGCGCAACGAGAGUGCCCUCUUUCCUAAAGCUACAUUACAGAAUACUGUGGAAACAGUUCAUGCCUGCGCUUUCGAGCCAGCGACGCGGAACAUUGCGUUCGCAGGCACUGGUCUUCUCGUUGUCGAUGGCCUAAACCCGGGUUGGGUCGGCCGUUCCAACUUCGGAGAUACAAAAGAGAGUUUUGCAGCAACUUGGCUUCAACCGAAUGUUCUGGCCUACGGACUUGACACAGAAGUCGCCCGCGGCCCGCCUAUGCACACAGUGUGUCUUUGGGAUGUACGAGUCGGCAGCUCACCAUCGCAUGCGAACUCGUCAACCCGUUUGAAGCGCUAUCACCGCAUAACAGGACUAGAAACACCAGAAGGUACCGAUCAUCAACUCCUUGUUACAACUAACAAAGACAUCAAUUUGUAUGACCUGCGAAUGCAGUCCACCGCAGGACCGCCACUCUUGUCCAUUCCACAUACUUCUGUUGGGUCGCAGCUCAACUUCGCCGUUCGUGGAGACCUCAUCGCCGCAGUGGACGCUUUGUUCAGAGUCCAGGUCUACUCGCUUCGAACCAGUCGAGGUUUGAAGACAUUACAGCGAAAUCAGCCUACGACAUCACGCCCUUCAGCUCUACAUUCGCUUCGAUGGCAAGAGAAUAGCAGAGGCUCGCCAUAUCUGCAGGCAUGUGCGGACAGCAUCGUCCAUCGAUGGGGUUGGCAGGUCUAAUGAAUCAAAUGCGUAUCCGAUGGACUCGAGAAGUGUACCACUUUAGGAAACAUCAAUGCAAUGGAG